UGGAACAGAGGAGUUAGCAAAAACGAGCCACCCAUAAAAUGUCUAACAUGUUAUGCAUGUAGAAUAAACAAGUGCGGUUAAUAACAUUUGACAAACAUGGUCAGGUAUGGUACUUCAACAUGGACUCCCAUGCCAACCCUCCCAUCCCAUUGCGGAAAAGGGGGAGAUGAGACUGUCUGGAUUCACCGCGACAAUCUUAAAGCCCCUAGCGUAUCUCCCAGAGAACUCAGGCAGUACCACUCCGUGGAGCUAAAUGGUCGGACUAUAUCAGCUAUUUCCAUCGUUAAAAUAAUAAUAAAAAAUGGCUGAUGUGGAAGAAGACCCCUGGAUAUUCUCAUCCAAAUCCUUACCUUCAGAUCCUCGUCUCAUGGCAACAAUGGCUAAUGGGUAUCUGGGCACAAGAGCCUAUGGAGAAGUCCUGCAUGUAAAUGGCAUCUACAAUGGACCAGUGGGUGACUGUCACAGGGCAAAUGUACCAAGCCCACUCAAUGUCUCCUUCAGUGUGACCAAGGAAGAGAUUGUAGAUGAAAGAUUCUGUCUUGAUGUAAAAACAGGGACUUUUAGCCAUACCCUCCAGUGCUCCACAUUUACAGCUACCCAGCAGCUCUUUGCUCAUCGCUCGCAUAGGCAUCUCUUGGUCAACAUAAUAACCUUAAAAGGUCCUGGUCCUGUAAGUGUUAAUCUUAAAGUUGAUUUCAAGGCAGAGAGUCAAGACUUGGAUCUCCAGAGAGGCCCUGACUACAAUCAUGGAAAGUACAUAUAUGGAAGCACGCUAACCCCGGAGGUUCCUUCCUGUCCUCUGAAAACUGUUCAUAUGAUCUACACCCCAGUACCCCAGUGUCUGUCCCUUUCCACCGAGCAAGAAAAAACAUGGGUGUUCCUUGCAGCUGUUUCGGAAACUGAAGAUGUGAAGGAGAGAUACGAUGAAGGCCGAUCUCUAUCUGAGGGCGGAGAGCUGGUCUCUUCACAUACAGAAGCCUGGGCCCAGCUAUGGGAAGGAAGCCGGAUAGACGUGGAAGGGUCCUCUGUUCUUGGGCAGGCUGUCAUUGGAUGCCUCUAUUAUUUACUGAGCUCCCUUCCACCCCUGGGGUGUAACGAAGACUUCAAUGGCAUCAGUCCUGGGGGUCUGUCGAACGGGCAGCACAAUGAAGAUUACUGGGGACAUGUGUUUUGGGACCAGGACAUUUGGAUAUAUCCGAAUAUUCUGCUGUUUUACCCUGAGAUGGCUCGUCAUAUUCUUAGAUAUCGGAUCCGAACACUAGAGGGAGCAUUGCAGAACGCAAAGCAACAAGGAUAUAAAGGAGCAAAAUUCCCUUGGGAAAGCGCAGUAACAGGAUAUGAAGUUUGUCCAGAGGAAAUAUAUGGGGAUCAAGAAAUUCACAUUAAUGGAGAUGUUUUGAUGAUCUUUAAACAAUACUAUUACAUGACAAAGGAUAUAGAUUUUUUUGCUUCGAGUGGCGGCUGGGAAGUGGUAAGCGCCAUUGCUGAUUAUUGGUGUAGCAGAGUUGUGUGGAGCGCAGAAGAGCAGUGUUAUCAUAUUAAAGGUGUGAUGCCUCCAGAUGAAUAUCACAGCGAUGUUAUUAACUCUGUAUAUACAAAUGCACUGGCGCAGAUCAGUUUGAACUUUUCUAUCGACCUGGCUAAAGAUUUACAACAACCCAUCCCGGAUAUAUGGAGAGAUGUUGCAAGUAAAAUUAAAGUCCCAUUUGAUCCCAAAAAUAAUUACCAUCCAGAAUAUGACGGCUACAAACCAGGGGAUCAGGUUAAACAGGCAGAUGCAGUUUUGCUUUGUUACCCUCUGAUGUUUCCAAUGUCUCAAGAAUGUCGCAAAAACGAUCUUCAAAUCUACGAGACGGUUACAGAUCCUGAUGGACCGGCCAUGACAUGGAGCAUGUUUACAAUUGGCUAUAUGGAGAUAAAAGAGCCCAUAAUGGCACAACAGCAGUUCAUGAAGUGCUUCUCAAACAUAACGGAGCCAUUUAAGAUAUGGACUGAAAAUGCUGAUGGUUCUGGAGCUGUCAAUUUCCUUACAGGCAUGGGGGGUUUUUUACAGACUGUGCUCUUUGGCUAUACUGGAUUCAGAAUUACAGAGAAUUCUUUGAGGUUUGAUCCCAUCCUCACUGGUGAUGUGACGGCACUAUACAUUACUGGAGUGUGUUAUCUUGGUAAUAAAGUGAAUUUCACAUUCUCUAAGGACCUCACAACUGUGGAGUUGACUUCAGUCCUUGAUUCUCAGUAUUCCCUGGUUAUUACAUUUGAUGAUUUAACUCCAUGUAUUCCCCUGUAUAUAGAGGAAGAGGUUCUACAUUUGCUGUCUAAAGUGAAGACAAAUAAGUCACAGGGGCCUGAUGGAAUACACCCAAAAUUAUUGAAAAAGCUUAGUGGUAAACCAGUGUCCUUUACAACCAAAGCAGGACGGGUUCAGAUGAAGAUUUCCUAAUGUGAAUAGUGAAGAAAUAAAACUGAAAAUGUAAAAAAAAAUGCAGAAUGGAGAAGUUUUAUAAAUGGAAAAAUCAUUUUGUUAUACUGGGGACAUAAAAUGCAUAUAAAAGUAUUAUGCUUGAAAUAAAAAUACAGCCUAUUUAGUAAAUAAUA